AAAAUCUCUUACGAAUUCAAUUUUUUUUUUAAUGCUGUAAUUCGGCAUCGGCUUCGGCUAUCCAGUAUCCGGCAUCAGGCGUGCGUUUUGAACUGAUUUUCUGCAUUCAUGAUUUAUGAUUUUAUUUUAACAUAUUCUUAGUUUGGACAUCGAACCGUCGACAUGGCCGAGUAUCUGGCAUCUAUAUUCGGUACCGAGAAGGAUAAGGUCAAUUGUUCAUUUUAUUUUAAAAUCGGCGCUUGCCGUCAUGGUGAUCGCUGUUCAAGAAUACAUAAUAAGCCCACUUUCAGUCAGACUGUACUAUUGCAAAAUCUUUACGUAAAUCCACAAAAUUCGGCAAAGUCUGCUGAUGGAUCACAUUUGGUUUCAAAUGUAACUGAUGAAGAAAUGCAAGAACAUUAUGAUAAUUUCUUUGAAGAUGUUUUCGUAGAAUGUGAAGACAAGUAUGGUGAAAUUGAAGAAAUGAAUGUUUGUGACAACUUAGGAGAUCAUCUAGUUGGCAAUGUCUAUAUUAAGUUUCGUCGAGAAGAACAUGCAGAAGCAGCUGUUAACGAUUUAAAUAACCGAUGGUUUGGUGGACGUCCAGUUUAUGCUGAAUUGAGCCCUGUAACAGAUUUCCGAGAAGCUUGUUGUCGUCAAUAUGAAAUGGGAGAGUGUACGCGUAGUGGAUUUUGUAAUUUCAUGCACUUGAAGCCAAUAUCCCGAGAAUUACGUAAAUAUCUUUAUAGUCGUCGAUCACGCAGGCAUCGUUCACGUAGUCGUUCACGUGAUCAUGUUGGAACUCGUAGAACCAGAUCACCCUCUCCUAGACAUGGUCAUCAUCGUGGUGGUGGUGGUGGUGGCGGCGGGGGUGGCGGCGGUGGUGGUGGAGGAGGACGUAGAGAUCGUAGAUAUUAAUUAUAAUAAUAAUUAUGUUUACACUGCAGCAAAUAAUUUUUUUCUCAACGUUAAAUGGUUUACUAUAAAACAAUAAUUUGAUAUUUUCAUGUAAUGUGUUUUAAUUUUAUAGAUAAGGUAAAGUAAAAAAAUAAGAACUUUAUGACUAAAGUAGUUUGUUUAUUUCCAACUAUUAAUUAUAAUAGCUGAUAAUAGUGCAUUUAUUUAUUUUCCUGUUUUUAUGUGUUACAAUUUAAUACAAUAUGUCAUACAUUAUUUAUUCUAAUUAUUUAUAAACGCCUAGUGGUUUAUUUUUUUUUCCGAAAAUAACAAAAUGCUAUAAGAAUUGUAAUUUAAUAAUACUGACAAUAAGGAAAAAUCUAUAUCAUUACUACAUUUUUUAAUUAUAUUUGUAUACAUGCCAAGUUAUUCUGCGUUUAAAUAAAAAUGCACUUUAAAAAUCUUAUAGUUAUGUAAAAAAUGAAUGAUUUAAACAUUUAUGUUUUUGAUUUUCUACUACUACUUGGUGAAACAUGUGGUGUUUUUAAGCGAGUACAAUUUAUUCAGCUGUUUUAAAUAUUUCACUUCCCAAUAUUGGUAAUUUAAGUACUGAAAAUUGAACUAAGCAUUUUCAUUUGUAAAAAUAAUGGUGUCUAAUCUACUAACCUACUGUCAUGAUGUAUAAUAUAAAUCAAUAAUUAUUAUUUUGUUUAUUAAAGGAAUAAUAUAUAGCUUUUGAGUACUGUACAGUUAACAUAACGUAUAUUGUAUCUUAGAUCUGAAAAUAAAAUAUUGUAACUCGA